AUGCUCUUGCUCACGGGACUGGGAGCCCGGGUCCCUGCCGAUGUCGCCGCGCGUGUCACCGGCAUGGCGCACGAUUUCCUAACCCCGCAACCUGUCCACGGCGCAGAUGUCUACUUGCUGCGCUGGAUCCUGCAUGACUGGUCUGACACCUAUGCCGUCAAGAUUCUCCGUAACCUCACCCCCGCUCUCACGCCCGGCGCCCGGGUGGUAGUCAAUGACAUAUGUAUUCCUGAACCCGGGGUUUUGGGGCCGAAGGCCGAGCGAGAUAUUUGGUAUAUGGAUAUCUCGAUGAAGGCGUUCAACAGCGCCUGCGAACGAGAUGCGGAGACCUGGAAAGCGUUGUUCACCGAGGCGGAGUGA